AUGCAUACUUCAAUUUGCUGCUUCCUUUCGGAUCUCAUUGACCUACUAUUGUCAGCUUCAAAAUCUGAACCCGAUAUUAGCAAUCUCUUGCAAUGCCUUUCGCAUGAAUUUGGAUCAUCCUCAUCGGAUGUUCUUCAUGUUCCUUCAACCUCGGAUUCCUCGUAUUCAUCUUUGUUGGAUUCCACGGUUCAAAACAAGAGAUUUCUCACCUCCACAACCCCAAAACCAGUAGCUAUAGUAAGACCUUCAACAUAUGAUCAAGUUCAGGCCACAGUGAAAUGUUGCAAGAAACACGGAGUCCAGAUUCGAACCCGAAGUGGCGGUCAUGAUUACGAAGGCCAAUCCUACACAUCAAAAGUCCCUUUCAUCCUGCUUGACCUUCAAAAUCUGAAUUCAGUUGAUGUCAAUCUUGAAGAAGAAAACACCGUAUGGGUUCAAUCUGGAGCCACGAUCGGCGAACUGUAUUACUGGAUCGUCCAGAAAAGUGCAAAUCUUGCCUUUUCAGCAGGGAUCUGUAACACUGUUGGCGUUGGUGGACACCUAAGUGGAGGCGGCUAUGGUACGAUUUCACGAAGAUACGGCCUUUCUGCGGAUAAUGUCCUGGAUGCUGUCAUAGUUGAUGCGGACGGGCGAAUUCUGGAUCGAAAAUCCAUGGGGGAAGAUUUGUUUUGGGCUAUAAGAGGCGGUGGAGGAUCGAGUUUCGGCGUCAUUCUUUCGUGGAAGAUCAAGCUUUCUGAAGUUCCAUCCAUUGUCACGGUUUUCAGAGUAGCCAGGACUCUGGAGCAAGGAGGGACUGAUCUUGUAGAAAAAUGGCAGAAAGUUGGGAGUGAAUUCAGUAAAGACUUAUUCAUGAGGUUGGUUAUUGAAGCAGUUGGAGAAGGGAAUAAAAGAACUAUUCGAAUCAAGUUCGAAACCUCAUUCUUGGGUAAUAUUGGUCAGCUUCUUGCCAUAAUGAACCAGAAUUUCCCUGAACUUGGUUUGAAAAGAGAAGAUUGUGUCGAGACAAGUUGGAUUAAGUCCAUCCUGUUUUUCGCCAAUCGAAACAUGGAAGAUAUGGAUCAACUGAAAAACAAGGUACCGGAUCCAAGAAGAUUUUUCAAAGCAACAUCAGAUUAUGUAAAGGAACCAUUAUCAAAGACUGCGCUGGAAAUGUUCUGGAAAUGGUGUCUGGAGGAACAGAGUCCUAUAAUUAUCUUCGAACCUUACGGCGGAAUAAUGGAUGAGAUACCUGCAGAAAGUCUUCCAUUCCCUCAUAGAAAAGGUAUCCUGUACAACAUUCAAUAUUUGGUGCAAUGGGAUGAUGUUGAAGAAUCGGAUGAUCACAUAAAUUGGAUUCGGAGAUUAUUCCGAAAUAUGACUCCUUUUGUGUCCAAAGAGCCAAGAAGUGCUUAUUUGAAUUACAGAGAUCUUGAUUUCGGCGUUAAUAAGAUGGAUGGUACAACAACUUAUUCGGAAGCUGAAGAAUGGGGAAGCAAGUAUUUUGGCAAAAAUUACAUGAGAUUGGCACUGGUAAAGAGGAAGAUUGAUCCCCAAAACUUCUUCAUGGAUGAACAGAGCAUUCCACCAUUUUGA